GUCAACUUUGGAUUCCUUGUUUCUUAUCUGAAAAUAAUGCAGCUUCUGCUUCACCAGCAACAACUGCAGAUCAAAUAACAAGCUUUAGAAUUCACUUCAGCUAUUAUCUCCAACAACCCUUUUUCCCCAUCACCUCAAACAUGGCCGAGGCUUUUGCAGUCGAAGUCGCAGCAACUGUGUUGGGAAAGCUGAGCAGUGCUGCCUUCCAGGAACUUUGCUCCAUCUGGGGUGUCCGAGACGACCUCGAUAAGCUUAAGGUUGUACUUAUGGAUAUCCAAGCUGUGCUGAAGGAUGCUGAAGAGCAACAGAUGCAUAACCGGGAGAUUACCUUUUGGCUACGAAAGCUUAAAGAUGCUUGCUAUCAAGUUGAAGAUCUGUUGGACGAUGUUGAGAUUGAAGCACAGAGAAGGAAGGUCCUUGAACGUGGAACCACCGGAAGAAAGGUACACCAUUUCUUUUCCAGCUCGAAUCCAUUAGUGUUUCGUUUUCGUAUGGCACGGAAGAUAAAAAAGGCAAAGGAGAUGUUGGAUGAGAUUGCAACCACUAAGUCCAAAUUUAAUCUCCUUGAGAGACGUCCGGUUAAGAAUGUGAUUCAUGCUGACAGGGAAACCUACUCCUUUGUCAAGACAUCUAAUGUGAUCGGUAGAGAAGAAGAUGAAAAAAGCAUCAUACACUUCUUAAUGAAUCCAACUGAUGGGGAAGAUAUCCCUGUCCUUCCUAUUGUUGGAAUAGGUGGUAUUGGGAAAACUUCCCUUGCCCAAUUGGUGUUUAACAGUAAAAGAGUAAAUUUUGAUUCGAGAAUUUGGGUGUGUGUUGCUGAAGAUUUUGAUAUUAAACAACUGAUGAUUAAAAUCAUUAAAUCUGCCACCGGUAUGGACUGCACGAACAAGAAUAAGGAGGAAUUACAAAAGGUUUUACAAGAUUGUCUGAAUGGAAAAAGAUGUUUUGUUGUCUUGGACGAUGUCUGGAACGAAGACAAGAGGAAAUGGAUCGAGCUGAAAGAUCUGUUUUGUGGGGUUGCUCAGGGGAGUAAAAUAAUUGUCACAACUCGUAGUCACAGAGUGGCUACAAUCACAGGCACAAUCUCUCCCUAUGAUUUAGAGCAUCUCUCUGAUGAAAAUUGUUUGUCUUUGUUUCUUAAACUUGCCUUCAAGGAAGGUGAAGAGAAACAACACAAAAAUCUAGUGAGAAUUGGGACAGAAAUUGUUCCAAAAUGUAAAGGGAUUGCUUUGGCUGUGAAGACAUUAGGUGGCCUACUUUGUUCAACCAGGGUAGAACAUGAUUGGAAAGUUGUGAGAGAUAGCGAGUUAUGGAAGUUAGAACAAAAGGAAAACGACAUUUUGCCUGCUCUCAAACUAAGUUAUGAUCACUUGCCCUGGUAUUUAAAGCAAUGUUUUGCCUUCUGCUCACUUUUUCCGAAAGAUUUUCUAUUCAAUAGUGUGGAAUUGAUCUCAAUGUGGAUGGCAAAUGGGCUUUUGCAAUCUUCAAACAAAAGUGAGGAGCCAGAAGAUAUUGGGAAUCGGUAUAUACAUGAGUUGUGGUCAAGAUCAUUCUUCCAAGAACUUGAAGAUUUGCUUUUUGGUUUCACCUUCAAAAUGCAUGAUUUAGUACACGAUCUUGCACUAUCAGUGGCACAAAAUGAUGUUAGUUCGACUGGUAAUGUACGACAUUUAUGUUUUGAGUUGUUAGGGCAGGAUGCCUCUCUAUUGCCGAAUAACAUGGGCCAUUUGCGAACACUAACUUUCCGGUCAAAUAAAGAACAGAAGGCUGGUAGUGAACCCCUUAUUGAUGAAUGCAUCUCAAGGUCCAAACAUGUAAGGGUGCUAGUUUUGGCAGACUGCAGUUUAGAUCAAUUGCCGAAUACUAUCCGUCGUUCAAAGCAUUUGAGACAUUUGAGCAUAGCUUUCAAUAGAAAUAUAAAAAGAAUUCCAAAUUUCGUUUGCAAUUUACAGAGUUUGGAAACACUUCAUCUUGGUAGAUGUGAGGGAAUUGAAGAGUUGCCAAAAGAUAUAAGGUACCUUAUUAGCCUUAGAGUAUUAUACGUAACAACAAAACAGAGGAGUUUGCAAGGGAGUGGAAUAGGGUGCCUGACUUCUCUUCGCACGUUGGGAUUUUUUGGAUGUGAAAAUUUGAAAUAUUUGUCUGAAGACAUGCAAAGCCUAACAGCCCUUCGAACAUUGAUUAUCCAAGACUGCAAUAACUUGAUUUCGUUGCCACAAGGUUUAAAAUAUCUGACUGCAUUAGAAACUCUGAUAAUUAAUGAUUGUGAGAAGCUUGAUCUCAGUAUGGACGUAGAACUUGGAGGGAAAGAAGAUGGCAGCCUUCGAAAAUUGUUGAUUGCAGGAUUACCCAAGGUGGAGUCACUUCCCCAAUGGAUUGUUCUUGGAUCCACCAAAACUUUGCAGGUGUUGCACGUCUCAGGAUCGGAGAAUCUCUCAACUUUACCAACGUGGUUCCAACAUCUCAUUUCCCUUCAAAAGCUUGAGAUUGUAUAUUGCCCAGGGUUGUCGUCUCUACCAGAAGGGACGCAACACCUCACUGCACUCCUAGAGUUGAGUAUUAUAGGGUGUCCAAAAUUAGUUGAAAGAUGCAAGGAAGAAACCGGAGAAGACUGGCCUAAGAUUGCUCACGUUCCUCGUAUUAAUAUCAGCUGAUGAAUAGGUUAGAUGGCGGUGGCGCGUGGAGCAGAGUGUUGAGUUAAUCAAUCGUCAGAAUCGGUCAAGAGGUGGUGAAUUGGCAAUUAAAAUUUUCG